CCGUGGCGGCCGCCUCUCACCCUCCCACGCCUCGCUUUUAGUCACUGACACAGACCUGCCGAUGAGUCCAGCCGCCAUCACUACCUGUUCCCUCAACUGGUACUCUCACAGAGGUUUCCCUGCCAUCAUAACAUCGCUUCUGAGAACAAUUCGCACACUCUGGACUUAAACAUAAGCCUCCAAGCAAUACGCUACUCUCUGUUUCUGAAUGACGGGCGGUCGGUUCGACUUUGAUGAUGGUGGCACCUACUGUGGAGGCUGGGAGGACGGCAAAGCCCACGGCCACGGUGUGUGCACCGGACCCAAGGGCCAGGGCGAAUACUCUGGCUCAUGGUCCAACGGUUUCGAGGUGGUUGGGGUCUACACCUGGCCCAGCGGCAACGUGUACCAGGGCUACUGGGCACAGGGCAAACGACACGGACUCGGUGUAGAAACCAAAGGGAGGUGGAUUUACCGGGGAGAGUGGACUCACGGGUUUAAAGGCCGGUAUGGUGUCCGGCAGAGUCUGAACACGCCGGCCAGGUACGAGGGGACCUGGAGUAACGGACUGCAAGACGGUUAUGGCGUAGAGACGUAUGGUGAUGGAGGUACAUAUCAGGGUCAGUGGACAGGUGGGAUGCGCCAUGGUUAUGGUGUACGUCAAAGUGUUCCAUAUGGUAUGGCUUCUGUCAUCCGCUCACCUCUACGAACCUCACUUGCAUCUCUCCGCAGUGAGCAGAGUAAUGGUACAGUACUACGUGAUAGCCUGUCUGACAGCCCUGCUGGCACACGUGGUGGAUUUGUGCUGAACUUCCACUCAGAAGGGGAUAGUUCAGAAAAGAAGAAAGGUCUUUUCCGGCGUGGAUCCCUCUUCGGCAGUCUUCAGCGACUGCGCAAAUCAGACUCAAGAUCUUCAAUUUCCAGUAAGCGCAGCUCAGCACACAGUGACACCACCAUGAGCCGUAUCAGUUCAAGUGAUGCCAACUCUACCAUCAGCUUUGGAGAUGGCGACCCAGGUGAUGACUACCUGCCUCUAGAGGACAAUGUGGACGCUACCACCACCGAGUCUUACAUGGGCGAGUGGAAGAAUGACAAGCGCAGUGGCUUUGGUGUCUCUGAAAGGUCUAAUGGCAUGAAAUAUGAAGGUGAGUGGUUGAACAAUAAGCGCCAUGGCUAUGGCUGCACCAUCUUUCCUGAUGGCACCAAAGAAGAAGGGAAGUACAAGAACAAUGUUCUGGCUCGGGGCAUCAGGAAGCAGUUAAUUCCACUGAGGAACACCAAGACCAAACAGAAAGUCGAUCGUGCCAUUGAGGGAGCAGUAAGAGCAGCAGCUAUUGCCAGAACCAAAGUUGAGAUUGCCAUCUCAAGGACGUCCCAUGCUCGGGCCAAAGCAGAGGCUGCAGAUCAGGCUGGCCAGUCAGCUAGUCAGGAUUCAGAUAUUGCUAGGGCUGUGGCCAGAGAACUCUCCCCAAGCUUCUAUCAACCAGGCCCUGACUACCUAAGGCAGAAGUAUAAUGAGCCACUAGAAUUGAAGGAAGUUCCAGUAGAGGAAAUAAAGGAGAAAUCUCCAUCAGGGAGCCCUCACUUCUACCGGAAAGGCACAACACCCACCCAGUCUCCAUCUCAGAGCCCAGGUCCUAGCCCUACUGCUUCGCCCACUGCUGUUAAAAAGACCUUUUUCAGCAGUAAAACUCCUGCAGCUGUUGUUUCUGCAAAGCCUGCUGGGAUAGAGAACAAAGCCAUAACAGCUGAAUCCUUGACAGCAGGCAUAACGAAAGCAGCAUCAAAACUUUCUCUCAGACAGGACAUGAGGCAGCAAGAAACUCCUCCAGCAGUGACAUCAGCUAAUACUACAACAGUCAGCGGUUACCCCAGCAAUGGGCAGAUUCACUCCCAGUACCAUGGUUACUAUGUCAAGGCAGAUUUUAAGAUUUCACCACCUGAAGAACUAGUUGGUGUGGAGGAAGACCUUUCCCCAUCAAGCCUGGCAUGCUUGCCACCACCUGCCAUACCGAAUCGAGCACCAGCACCAUCCUUGAUGGCUAGUAGCCCUUCACCAGUUCCAUCAAAAGAGAGCACCAAAGCACCAGAUCCUCUGAAGCCAAAGAAAAUGGAAUCAUCCAAACCAAAGAGCCUCCUAGACACCAAGAAAGCUAGUAUAGAAAUGGCUCCUGAUAUUAUUGAGGAGGAGUUGGGCCCUAACUCAAUCGUGGUUGCUCUUGUGAUGCUGUUGAAUGUUGGUCUAGCAAUCAUAUUUGUUCAUUUCCUCACUUGACCAAAUCUGAACUCAGUGGACUCAUCCAAAUUAGUUGCCGGAGCCACUAACUCUAAAUCCACCAAAGGGGCCUUUUAAAAAAGGGUGCCAGACAGAAGAGCAGACACAGGCAAAACGGAGGACUGAAAAUAGCCAAGUGAAGGAGGAGGAGGAGAAGAAAAAUUACAUGGAGCAGCGAGAGGGGGGAAUAAGGCAGAGAGAGGGAAAGAUGAAACCACCACCAACCCUGGAUGGACUUAAUGACUGUCUUUGGUGCCUGAGUCCAACCUGAUUGGACUGGCGAUGAUUUGUGACUCCACUCAGAGUGCAGUGAAAGCUAAAGCAGGCAAUAGCUGUUUGGAAAUGGGCUGCUAACUCCAGCUAUGGAUUCUAUAUCAAGGUUAGAAAUAACAAAUAAGAGGGGCCCUUGAGAGCUGAAUAAAUGUGAGUGAUUGUGAGGCCUGGCAUCUAUGCUGCCAAUAAAUGCCUGCAAUGUGUGCUCGCCUGUCUGUAGCUCCAUUUCCAUCGAACUGUUAAGUAUAUCUGGAAGUUUUGAAAUGCUACAAUAAAAAGUUUGUGCCUUGUCCAGCUGAGUUGAAGCUAAUUUGUUUCUUAACUGAUCCACCAAAAGAACAAAGAGCACCUUCACAGUGGUAAUUAGUUCUAAAAAAUUAACUAUUGCACUUUAGUUUAACUAAUAUUGGUUAGAUGCCAUGCAUUCAUCAAACAACCACCAUGAGAUAGACUACUUAUACUUUGGAGGUAAAAUAUAUGGAGCACAUUUUUAAAUUAUGGUAAACAUAUGUUUCUCAAAACCUUUAUGAAAGCCAUUGUGAACUGUAGUGCACUUUAACUGAAUUGUCAGUAACACCAAAAUUUAGUUUUUUCAAUCGAUGCCUUUCCACUGCUACUUGCUCUAUGAUAGGUUCUUUAAGAAACCAUUUCUGUUUCAAGUGAGCAGGGAAAGGUUUUGUCCAUGGUGAAGGAUCUUUUGUCAGAAUUUAAUGCUACUUUUCUCUUGCAUAAAAAUCCUCAGAAAAAGUAUGUGGACGGAUUUCAAGCUUGCGCAUAUCACAGUGCACAUUGCACUGUCUCUCUCUCUCUCUCUCUCUCUCUGUGUGUGUGUGUGUGUGUGUGUGUGUGUGUGUGUGUGUGUGUGUGUGUGUGUGUGUGUGUG